UUUCUUGCUUGUGUGUUUCAGCAGAGAGGCUAUCACUGCUCAUGAUGAUUUUCUUCAUAUAUAGAAACACAAACUUGCUUUUCUCAACAUGGAAACUGAAACUUUGUGCUCUUGUUUCUUUUCCAUCUCAUCGGUCUUAACAGAGAAAAAUCAGACCUUCCUUUAUCAAACAUAUUUUGCUCUCAUGACUUUGUGAAUCAGUAAAGAAAUGUAUUGUUGCAUUUACAUUCAUAGUUAUGCAUGUGAAAUGGCGCAGCAAGGAGCUCAGCUGGACGGAGCUAAAUUCUGCUGUUCCAUCUGUUUGGAUCUACUGAAGGAUCCGGUGACUAUUCCCUGUGGACACAGCUACUGCAUGAGCUGUAUUAACAACUUCUGGGAUGAAGAGGAUAAGAAGGAAAUCUACAGCUGUCCUCAGUGCAGACAGACCUUCACACCGAGGCCUGUCCUGGUAAAAAGCACCAUGUUAGCAGAUAUAGUGGAGGAGCUGAAGAAGACUGGACUCCAAGCUGCUGCUGCUGAUCUCUGCUAUGCUGGACCUGAAGAUGUGGCCUGUGAUGUCUGCACUGGGAGGAAGUUGAAAGCCUUCAAGUCCUGCCUGGUCUGUCUGGCUUCUUACUGUGAGAAACACCUGCAGCGUCACUAUAAUGUAGCUCCACUGAAAAAACACAAGUUGGUCGACCCCUCCAAGAAGCUCCAGGAGAACAUCUGCUCUCGUCAUGAUGAGGUGAUGAAGAUGUUCUGCCGUACUGAUCAGCAGAUUAUCUGUUAUCUCUGCUCUGUGGAUGAACAUAAAGGUCACGACACAGUCUCAGCUGCAGCAGAAAUAACUGAGAGGCAGAGAGAGCUCGAGGUGAGUCGACUAAACAUCCAGCAGAGAAUCCAGGACAGAGAGAAAGAUGUGAAGCUGCUUCAACAGGAGGUGGAGGCUGUCAGUCGCUCUGCUGAUAAAGCAGUGGAGGACAGUGAGAAGAUCUUCACUGAGCUGAUCCGUCUCCUCCAGAAAAGAAGCUCUGAUGUGAAGCAGCAGAUCAGAUCCCAGCAGGAAACUGAAGUGAGUCGAGUCAAAGAGCUUCAGGAGAAGCUGCAGCAGGAGAUCACUGAGCUGAAGAAGAAAGACGCUGAACUGAAGCAGCUCUCACACACAGAGGAUCACAACCAGUUUCUACACAACUACCCCUCAGUGUCACAACUCAGUGAACCUACAGACUCAUCCAGCAUCAAUAUCCGUCCUCUGAGAUACUUUGAGGAUGUGACAGCAGCUGUGUCAGAGCUCAGAGAUAAACUACAGGACAUCCUGAAGGAGGAAUGGACAAACAUCUCACUGACAGUGACUGAAGUGGACGUUUUACUGUCAGGACCAGAACCCAAGACCAGAGCUGGAUUCUUAAGAUAUUUACAUGAAAUCACUCUGGAUCCAAACACAGCAAACACACACCUGUUAUUAUCUGAGGGAAACAGAAAAGCAGAACGAGUGAGACAACAACAGUCUUAUUCUAGUCAUCCAGACAGAUUCACUGGCUGGCAGCAGGUCCUGAGUAGAGAGAGCCUGACUGGACGUUGUUACUGGGAGGUGGAGUGGAGCGGGACAGCAGUUCGUGUAGCAGUCGCAUACAAGAAUAUCAGCAGAGCAGGAAACUCAAACGACUGUAUAUUUGGAUACAAUGACAAAUCUUGGGCUUUACAUUGUUGCAGUAACAGUUAUACAUUCUGGUUCAACACAACCUCAACUCCCGUCUCAGGUCCUGUUUCCUCCAGAGUCGGAGUGUACCUGGAUCACAGAGCAGGUAUUCUGUCCUUCUACAGCGUCUCUGAAACCAUGACUCUCCUCCACAGAGUCCAGACCACAUUCACUCAGCCUCUCUAUGCUGGAGUUUGGCUUUUUUAUAAUUAUGGAGACACAGCUGAGUUGUGUAAAGUGAAAUACAUGCACCUGAAAGUUUCAAGUGAAAUGGCGCAGCAAGGAGCUCAGCUGGACGGAGCUAAAUUCUGCUGUUCCAUCUGUUUGGAUCUACUGAAGGAUCCGGUGACUAUUCCCUGUGGACACAGCUACUGCAUGAGCUGUAUUAACAACUUCUGGGAUGAAGAGGAUAAGAAGGAAAUCUACAGCUGUCCUCAGUGCAGACAGACCUUCACACCGAGGCCUGUCCUGGUAAAAAACACCAUGUUAGCAGAUUUAGUGGAGGAGCUGAAGAAGACUGGACUCCAAGCUGCUGCUGCUGAUCACUGCUAUGCUGGACCUGAAGAUGUGGCCUGUGACUUCUGCACUGGGAGGAAGCUGAAAGCCUCCAAGUCCUGUCUGGUGUGUCUCGUCUCUUACUGUGAGAAUCACCUCCAGCCUCACUAUGAAUCAACAAAAUUUAAGAAACACAAGUUGGUCGACCCCUCGGAGACGCUCCAGGAGAACAUCUGCUCUCGUCAUGAUGAGGUGAUGAAGAUGUUCUGUCGUACUGAUCAGCAGAUUAUCUGUUAUCUCUGCUCUGUGGAUGAACAUAAAGGCCAUGACACAGUUUCAGCUGCAGUAGAAAGGACUGAGAGGCAGAGAGAGCUCGAGGUGAGUCGACUAAACAUCCAGCAGAGAAUCCAGGACAGAGAGAAAGAUCUGGACGGAGAUAAAUUCUGCUGUUCCAUCUGUUUGGAUCUACUGAAGGAUCCGGUGACUAUUCCCUGUGGACACAGCUACUGCAUGAGCUGUAUUAACAACUUCUGGGAUGAAGAGGAUAAGAAGGAAAUCUACAGCUGUCCUCAGUGCAGACAGACCUUCACACCGAGACCUGUCCUGGUAAAAAGCACCAUGUUAGCAGAUUUAGUGGAGGAGCUGAAGAAGACUGGACUCCAAGCUGCUGCUGCUGAUCUCUGCUAUGCUGGACCUGAAGAUGUGGCCUGUGAUGUCUGCACUGGGAGGAAACUGAAAGCCUUCAAGUCCUGUCUUCAGUGUCUGAUCUCUUACUGUGAGAAACACCUCCAGGGUCAUUACACUAUCACUCAAUUUAAAAAACACAAGCUGGUGGAGCCCUCGGAGAAGCUCCAGGAGAACAUCUGCUCUCGCCACGACACAGUCUCAGCUGCAGUAGAAAGGACUGAGAGGCAGAGAGAGCUCGAGGUGAGUCGACUAAACAUCCAGCAGAGAAUCCAGGACAGAGAGAAAGAUGUGAAGCUGCUUCAACAGGAGGUGGAGGCCGUCAGUCGCUCUGCUGAUAAAGCAGUGGAGGACAGUGAGCAGAUCUUCACUCAGCUGAUCCGUCUCCUCCAGAAAAGGACCUCUGAUGUGAAGCAGCAGAUCAGAUCCCAGCAGGAAACUGAAGUGAGUGGAGUCAAAGAGCUUCAGGAGAAGCUGCAGCAGGAGAUCACUGAGCUGAAGAGGAAAGACGCUGAACUGAAGCAGCUCUCACACACAGAGGAUCACAACCAGUUUCUACACAACUACCCCUCAGUGUCACAACUCAGUGAACCUACAGACUCAUCCAGCAUCAAUAUCCGUCCUCUGAGAUACUUUGAGGAUGUGACAGCAGCUGUGUCAGAGCUCAGAGAUAAACUACAGGACAUCCUGAAGGAGGAAUGGACAAACAUCUCACUGACAGUGACUGAAGUGGACGUUUUACUGUCAGAUUCAAAAUCAGAACCCAAGACCAGAGCUGGAUUCUUAAGAUAUUCACAUGAAAUCUCUCUGGAUCCAAACACAGCAAACACACAGCUAUUAUUAUCUGAUGGGAACAGAAAAGCAGAACUAACAAAACAACAACAGUCUUAUUCUAGUCAUCCAGACAGAUUCACUAAUCAGUGGCAGGUCCUGAGUAGAGAGAGUCUGACUGGACGUUGUUACUGGGAGGUGGAGUGGAGCGGGACAGCAGUUCGUGUAGCAGUCGCAUACAAGAAUAUCAGCAGAACAGGAAGUACAAAUGAAUGUAAAUUUGGAUGUAAUAACAAAUCUUGGGCUUUAUAUUAUUACAAUAACAGUUAUGCAUUCUGGUUCAACAACAUCUCAACUCCCGUCUCAGGUCCUGUUUCCUCCAGAGUCGGAGUGUACCUGGAUCACAGAGCAGGUAUUCUGUCCUUCUACAGCGUCUCUGAAACCAUGACUCUCCUCCACAGAGUCCAGACCACAUUCAAUCAGCCUCUCUAUGCUGGAGUUAGGUUUUAUUAUAAUUAUGGAGACACAGCUGAGUUGUGUAAAGUGAAAUAG